AUGGCCACAAAAAGCCCGAAAAUUGCAAAAAGAAAGAACGGGACGACGCCAUCGCCGCGGGCCAAGAAAAGAAGAUCCGUCGUUUUGAACUUUAUCAAUCUGAAUGCGAAAUAUACGCUCGGCGAGAAGUUCAAGAAGGAUUUUAUGAAGGUUCUCGAAAAAGGUCAGUUUUAUCUUUUUUUGAAACCUUUCACAAAUGCAAAAAAAAAGCUUCCUUUUGAAAAUUUCUGAACAGUUUCGAGUAUUUUACCACAUUAAUCUUUAAAAAUUACUCAUUAUUAUUUAUCAAUUGAAAUAUUCAGGAUCAGUAGCGGGAUUCUUAAUUAAAAAGUAUUUUUGUUGUUUUUAUAGGAAAUUUAGGGGGCAAAUACAAAAUUUUUAACCAAGUUGAAAUUUUUGGAUUUCUUUUUUUCAUGUUUACUUAACAAGGCAUCAAAUAUUGCUUUUUUUUUGUUAAGUGGUAUAUCUAAAAUCUGUUGUAGGAAUCUGGUUUGAGUUGGUUUUUAAGGAUUUAUAGGAGAAAAAAACGCGCAUUUUUUUCACUUUUUUUGAGCUUUUUAAUUUCAUUUUAAUCGUAUAAAUUUGGUGUUUUUUUUCCACAAAAAAAUAUUUUUCCCAGUGAAAUCCAAGUUGAGAUUGUUAAAGGAGCAUAGCUAUAUGAAAGUUCCAUCAAAAUGUUUUGACUAUUAUUUUUCGAGAUUUUGAAAAAAUGUUAAUUUUACAGACCAUUCUCCUUUCCCACAUUGGCAACUGCGCAAUAUCGUUGACAAUAGUUCGAAUAUCGUUGAAGUUAUUGAAGAAGAGCUUCAGGUUAACAAAAAUCAUCUCUUCCAUCAAUUCUAAUCCUUUUUGAAGAAUUUUGGCGAGUGGAAACGGAAAGAGAACGAUUUGUAUUCCUUGUACCAGACCGUCGAUUUCAAGGCUCUUUCCGCCUCCCAGUAUCCUGCUCUUUAUUCUUUCCGGUCAGUUUAGUUUUUGAAGGAAACAGCUUUUUUAAUUGAAAAAAUAGAAAUUGUAAAUAAAAACUAUCAGCUGGAAAAAUUAUGGAAAAUUUCGAAAAAGAGGAACUCCAGAGUGGUCCCAAAAGGGACCCUUGGAGGACCCCUCUAGGGACCACUUCACCAACCCUUAUAGGGGCUACUAAAGCUUACAAAAGUUGCCCCCGUAUGGGGUUUCAGUUAGUGGCCCCUAUAGAGGAAAUUUAUGUACUCUAUGAUAAGAAGCAUUUCCAUGCGAAAAUCUAAAAACAACUUUUUUUUAAUAAAAUCGAACGACCCCUCUAGGGGGUACUUGAGCUUUAGGGGCUAAUGGAUCAUACCCUAAACCCCUAUAGGGACCACCUCAAUUUCACCCCUAUAGGGACCACUCUGGAAUUCUUAGGUUUGGAUUCCAAAAUUUCCCGUGAAGUUUUGUCAAAAAUUUUACUCAUUUGGAAUUUUUCAAGGGUUUCAAGGUUGGGAGCAAAAUUUUAGCGAUAAAAGCUACAAAAAUGAGCAAUUAUUAGCAAUCAAUAUACUAUAGUUAAUUUGUCAAGGAAAAAAUAAUUAAGUUUAAAAUUCUUGAAUUUCGUGUUACAUUCUUACACAAUUUGACUUAAUUUUUUCUAGAAUUUUUUCGAAUAGAACUCGGCAAAAGUCGGAAUGGUGGAUAAUGCCCGUAGAAGGGAGAGGUACAAAAAAGGCAGAAAAAAGUGUCCCUUUAUCGAGCCCCCCAUUUUUCUUUAGAAUUUUAAAGGCUCAAGAAAUGAGGGAAAUAGGAGGGGCAGCAAAAAUGGUGCAUAAGAGCCGAUGAAAUGGUGAAAAAAGGUAGCAAAAAAAGAGUCUUUUUAACCGUAAAAGGAAAAUUUCUAUGGAUCUUCUUUCCACUCUUUCCGACUUUGCCUAAAAACGGGUUUGCUGCAUUUCCUUUUCUAUGUACUGCAAAAGACAAAGCUCAGUUUUUUUUUUGCAAAAAUUAAGCCGUUCCGUACAUUUAACGAGCUUUUUUAAUCGGUUUAACGAACUUUAGAAAAUUUGUGAGAAAAAUCAGGUUUUUUUUGAAGACCUUCUUGAACCUCAUUAAAAAAAUUUUUCAAACCGUCUUCAAUCAAAAAUUUUUUUAAGGCGAUCAUUUUGCGAAGAAGUUCGGAAAUGGCUUGAAGGAAUCACUGGAAUCGAAUUGACAGAUAUCGACUGCAACGGAAGUUGUUAUGCGCGGGCAGAUUCGCUUUUGCCCCAUAAUGAUUUGGUUAAUUUUUUUACUUGGGAAAAUUAGAAAAUAGAUAGAAUUUAAUGGAAUCUAGACCCGCCACAGAUGUUUCUCAAGUGCGACUUUUUUUUGGCCCUUUUAUUUCGAAAUUUUUUUGCUUCUUUGUAAGUUAAAAGGACUUGCUAUCCAGGAUUGCAGUUUCGAGAGGUCUAAAUUUAAAAAUUUUUACAUAAAUUUUAUGUUUGUCCACUUAUAAACGCCCUUUUGAUAGUCUAGAAAUGAGUUUUGUGGUGGAAAUUAUGUUCUGCAGCCUUUUUGUAUUUAAAUUUAGAGAUCUUGUUUUUUUCAAUCACUUUUUUUUGAAGAUUUACAUGAAAAAAAUCUAUGAAUCAAAUGCAUACAGCACGCUCUUCUCCCCUUUUUUGGCUCUUCAAAAAAAAAACACUAGUUGUUUUUUUCUGAAAAUUUUCUCUUUGGAUGACUUUCUUCGAAGUUGAACAUGGUCACGGGCGCUUAAAAUUAAAAGUCGCUUUUUUCCUAUUUUUGCCUCUUACAAUGGUAUCGAAACCUUCUAUAGUUCCACUGCCAAAGUGCGGAGAACGUGUGCGAAAAAGGAGUGACUGCAAAAUGGACGCUAAAAGGGUUCCGUUUUGCGGCCUGUCUGAGCUUUUCUCUCUUGGUUGAGAAGUCGCAAAAAGGGUGCUGAAAGUCUGGCCAAUGAUGAUUUCCGAUUGUAUUACUGUAGCACAUUUUGAUUCAUACACAGUCACUGGUAUAAAUUAUUCUCUAUUUAAAAAAAUUGUAUUUCUCAAAAGGGUCCAAAAAGGGUGGAUAAAGACCGAUGAAAGGACAGAAAAAGGCAGUAAAAAGGAAACCAUCACCACCUGUUUAGGAACAAUUAAUGGAACAAUUGAUUGAUCCAUAACAGACGCUCAAAGAGCCCGUAAAGGGUCCUCCCGACUCCGCCUAUGUCUUCUUCUGGGGAUUUUACCUUUUACCUGCUUUUUUUGAAGAUUGACACCCGACGAUUUGCUUUUGUCUAUUACUUGACGGGAGCUGAUUGGGAUUGCAAGGUCGAUGGUGGAGCGUUGCAACUUUUCAAUUCUGAUGGUAUUUAAUCUAAUUUUUUUAGAUUAUCAAAUAUUUUGUAGAAAAACGGUCAACCGACAGAUGUCGCCGUAGAACUACCACCGACUAGAAAUUCUCUGGUUCUUUUUCGAGGUUUCUGAAAGGUAAUAAGGACGUUCAUAGUAACACUGUUUCAUUCAAACUUCAAGUAAAAAAAUUUAAAAAAAAAAAGUUAAUUUUUCUGCACUUACGAAAGAGUUCUUCCAGGGCAUAAAGUCUGUUCAGAUUUUGAAUUUCAAGUCUUCCCUCAAACUCCGCCCCUAAUGGCGCAAUAAACCAAUCAGGGAGCGAGCCAUUUGUAGAGCGUUUUUGGGGGCGGAGUUUGAUGCUUGAAAUUCAAGAUCUGAACUUUCUUAGGAAUGCCAGAGGGGUCCCUACAGAGGCAACCUUAGGAGUCUUUGAAAGUGGCCCCUACAGGGACAACUUUACCUCCCCUAUAGGGGUCACUAAAGCUGGUGAAAGUGAGGUUUCUGAGAGUUUCAGCUAGUGGCCACUCUAGGGAUAAUACUAGUCUGAGUUUAUUGCUUGAUAUUAAAAAUCUGAACGGACUAUAUUUCUUUGAAUUAAAUAAAGUUUUGAAGUUCAAAUCUCAGAAACGUUCGAAAAUUCUCCAUUUUUCACAUUUUCGUAGUUUUCACGGCUCUGUAUUGCAUAAUUUUUCAAAUCUCGUACAGUUUUGAAGCUUAAAAUCCAAAUUUCUGAUCAUUAAGUAUUUGGGUUUGCUCAAAUCUUCUCAAUUUUAGGAUUUUUUCUUUGACUUUCGUACAGUUUUCAAGCCUAGAAAUCAAAAAAUUUUGUUAAUGAAUCAAUAAAAAUCGAAAAAAAAAUUGUCCCAUAAAAAUAAUGUCCUCAAAGAUCCUGGCACCGCGUCGCCGAGAUCAUCUCCGACUCGCCUCGGCUUUCCAUAAAUGGUUGGUUUCAUUCGAAACGACGGCUCAAUGCCAAAAUGCCAGAAGUUGAACAGAUCCCCAAGUUCGUCCCCAGCAAAGUUUCUCCUCCAUUUGUUUUUAAUAAGUUCUGUUGUUUUUAAGAAACGCAAACUGUCAAACGUCCUCAAUGGCGAAUAUUUGACGAAGAAGAGCAAGAAUUCCGUCCAGAAGACGUUCGCCGACAAUUCUGAGCUCAAUUUGAAUGAUUUUCUCUUGGUUUGUAUUUGUAGCGAAUCUAUGUGGUUGCGGGAAUGCAUCACACCGAAAAUGGGCGGAGCUCGGCGCUUUUUUCCGAUUUCAGCACUCCGCAAAAAAUCUUUUUUGUGCAUUCCGCGGUCUGCGUUUUUCUAUAUCCCUUUCCAAAAAUAUACUUUGUUACGGUUCCCAUCGUCUUUUUUCAUUUUCUAAACGUCGAUAUACAUCUUUGAAAAGCAAUAAUAUAUGAAUGUCACCUUUAAAAUCUGAAAAGUUGUGCUUCGCAAUUUGAAAAUUCGGUUACGGCCACUUUUGGAUCAUACGCGUUGCGGCUCGAGUCAGAUUUUAGGCCGAUCUAGUAGCUCUCAAAGUUGAGAACCCUCUGAAAUUUAGAUUUGAUGUUCCAUAUCAGGACCCUGAGCGUUUCCCGCUCAAAUUUUUAAUUUUCGAAUAAAAGACCUAGAAGUAAAAAAAGAACCAUCAAGAUAUUUGAACCUUGUAUUUAGUGCACUAACGAUCUUUUCGACUGAUUCUCAUGAAAUUCUCCGUGAAAGUCACUUUGAGCCAUUCUCCCUGCGACCAGAAUGAUCAAAAUCGGAAUAAAUAGCCCAUCUUAGUGAAAAAUUUUCAGCCCGAAGUUCAUCGAAACGUGUUCGAGGAAUUAUCAACGUCUGAAGCUUCUUUCGAAAUUGUCGGACCGCCCAAUAAAAGGUGCGAGAAGCUUAAAAAUAUUUCUUUUGGUCAAAAUUUUCCUCACUACAUUAGUUAAACUCUGUAGGCACAUCGCCAGAUUGAACUCUUCUGAAGUCGGGAAUCUUGAAAACGUCGCUUCUCUCACAAAGGCCAUGAAAUCGACGACUCUCGUCAAGUUGAUGAGCGACCUCACCGGCGUCAAUUUGAACGGUUUUCAGGACUUCUCAACCAAAAAUAAAUAGAGUUCAGGCGCCAAGAGCAGCUUGAAAGUGAGUCGAGUGGAUAAAGGCAGUUAUUGGGUGUUGGGCGACGAAGACGCGACCGCCAGUUCCGCGGAUGGAUACUGCUUAGAUGUUCAUGUGGGAAUGGCUCGAGAAAAUCUUUAAAAAGGAUUUUUGCAGAUAUUUGUUGGUUUUGGCGAAUGGAACGAAGAAGCCGGCGGCGAGCUGAUCUACAUUGCCGAGGAUGAAGAGGAAGAGGUUGGAAAAAAAAUUCUCGCUGGUAUAUUUGAAGGCGCAUUAACUUAUUUAAAAAAGGUCCUGAGCAAAAUAGUAUUUUCAAGCUAUUUAUGACUUCUGCGCCUUUAAAUGCACCGACAAGCAUUCUUGACAAAUUUUUGUGCCGAAAGAAGAGAUUUAGACAUUUUUGUAGUUUUUUUGAAGCAUGAAGGAAAUGUAAUGUAAAAACCGCUUUGAUUUAUUUCUUUGUGUUAUUUCCUUGUUCUCUUCUGAGAUUAUGUAAUUUGGAGCGUCGUAAAAAAAAAAUAGGACAAAGUAUUACAAAUCAGGAACUCGUAGCGAGUUGAGGGACCACUUUAGAAAGCAUGGGAACAUCGCUAAAGUGGCCACUUCUCACUCCCUUAGUCGAAAGAGCUUUCAAGUGACAUCUCCAGUGGUCACUUCACUGUCGCGAACUUGCAUUUCAAAUCGAGAAACUGAUUUUGAAAUGAUUUACAUGUCUGCGCUCUCUUCUCCUCCUAUCACUCUCUUCCAUCUCAUUUCCGAAUUUGAGCUUCUUCGAGUGACGCCAUCGGAAAACAGCGCGGCCGUCGUGUUCCGCGAGCCCGGAGUCAUGUACUUCCUGAAGUUGGUGAACAACUUCGCAACCUUUCCCUACUUCUUGUUCACCCUCACCUACUACGAUGUCAACGUCGUCGAUAGUUGA